GUGUGCGGACGGCUGUAGCAGGCGCUCUGCCAAAACCCGGACCCGAAUCUCGCCCAGUUGUCGAUCAGUUUCAGCUGACUUAUGCGUCCGUCUGUCUAGGAUCUGAAACUCUGUAUAGCGAAUUAUUGUCUAUAAUCUCCUUCUUUUGCCUUUUUAUUUGUCAGUUUGAUGGCUGCGAACUGGAGAGAUCUGUUUCAAAAUGGAAGUGACAUUUAAAACUACGUUUUCAUAACAGUUUCGUUUCUGUAUAUGUAUAUUUUUUCACUCCUCCGAAGCGUACAAUUCUAACUUUUUUACUGAACUCCGUGUGCAGUCAUCUGAAGUGAAGGGACGAGACAGAUAAAGAAAUUUUUUCCCUCUCAGAAUUCAAGAAUAAGUUACGGCGAACUUGCAAAUAAACUUUUUUUUGAUAAAGUCAGCAUAUUUCAACGAAAGUUUAGUACACCCUUUCGGCUUCGACACAGACUUGUCUGGUCCUGGAAAUCAGCUGAAAUAAAGCAGAGAGAAUGGAGUCCAUUAUGCUCCUGCUCAACAUGACAGCUUUGGGCCCGAGUAACCACCUGGGCACGGCCAUAGGUCCCCCGCAAGCUUACGUCUCCAGCGGGAAGUACUCGUCUUUAUCUUCCUCGCCCUCGAACUCCGGACUGUCUUCCGCUGCUCUCCACGGUCCCCUGUCUCUGCCAAGGAAAGUUGCCCGGUUCGUCGUGGUAUCCGAGGGGCAGUACGAUCACGAGCACCAUACCCACCAUGGGGAGCAGCAUCACGUCCCCGUGCCCCAUUUCACGUCUGGCAACACCACUGCCGACGUGUUUCUUGGGGCAACCGCGACGCUGGAUUGCACAGUUCAUGAUCUCACGAAUGAGUCGGUGUCGUGGCUACGAAGGGUCGACGACAAAUUGGAACUGCUCACCUGGGGGUCGGAAACCUACUCCAACGAUAACAGGUAUUCCUUGGUUCAAGCAUCUAGCGACAAAUGGCAACGAUGGCAACUUGUUAUCAGGAACGUACAGUUACGAGAUGGUGGUCAGUACCGGUGUCAAGUCGCAACGCAGCCGCCGAUGCUACUUACAACGUUACUGAAUGUUACUGAGCCCCGGGUCCGAGUCGUGGACGAGAGAGGGACGAAGGUGCUGGAGAAACACUACAAUAGCGGCAGUAUGAUCGAGCUGAAGUGCAUCAUUGAGUUCGUCCCUUUCCCGCACGGCCCAGUCACCUGGAAGAGGGGGAACAAGACGCUGGCUUUCAACACCUCCAUUGGGGGUAUCAGCGUGAAGGGCGACGCCGAAACUGGGUACAUACGAAGCCGCCUCUACGUCGCCAACGCCACUCCACGCCACUCCGGAGUGUACUCCUGCUGGUACAGCAACUACUCCAGCGAUACGGUGACCGUUCACGUGAUUGCAGGUGAAAAUUCGGCCGGUCUCCAGCACGACUCCCACCCGGAACAACCGACCAACAGCGGAACCAGCGUCGUACAGGUCCAGCUCAGGUACCACUUGAUGGACGACAAGCUCUGGGUGAUCAUCCCGACCUGCCUGCCGUUCGGGAUGGCCACCAUCUGGCCAGAAGGCAGCGGCUGCCUCGCACACGUCAUCAAUACGUGGCUGGCCAUCUGGCACGUCCUGAAGAGCAGGUGGUGCGUCUCCCUCUUCAUGUGCGUCGUGCAUCUGGCAGCGCGUUACGACGCCCCGUUGCUGCUGUUCCUGUCGUCUCACAGAUGAUCAGGACACUAAAAGACUCUUGUGUGUGUGUGUGUGUUUUGAGUGCGUGUUUGCGUGCGUGUUUGCGUGUGUUUGUUGCCGCUACUAACGCUACUGCUGCUGCUGCUAGCUAAUGUUGUUGUUGUUGUUGUUGUUCUUCUUAUUGUUGCCAUAUCUGAUUGAGAGUGCAUAACGUGCUGCAUAUUCGUCGCUCCUAAAAUAAAAAUAAAAAUAAAAGUAUGACUGCUCCUGUCUCCGGCCAUUAGGGAAGUUGGCGUUUUAAUCCUUUAGAAGCAACGAGAAGACACAGUUUCGCGCUGCCACGGGAGUUAUGUUCCUCAUUUACAUUGCUGUCCCCAGACUUACUUGUCUGGAUCCUAUCUCGUUUUCUUCAGGACAAGUCACUUUUUUUCCUUUUUUUUCUUUUUUGUCUUCAAUUUUUUAUUACUGUCCCUUUCUUUUUGUUCUUCAUAACAAAAAGUUCCCUUUUUUAAAGUGUUUUUGUUCUUUCUCCCUUUACUAUUUUCUUCCUGUUGGGGAAUUUAUCAGUAGAAAAUUAUCCUAACUUAUUUUCCUUCACUAUUUGUUGAUCACGUUUGUUGUCCUCAUACCCA